AUGAGGGCAAUCAAUUUGAGUCUGGCUGUUGCUGGACCCUAUAAAGAGACCGAAAAACGCAACGUUGAGGUGGAUACUGUUACAAUGCCGGAAAUUGGCGUGUGGCAUGGACACCCCAAGCCGCUAGGGCGAACCUCUGUUUUUGCGGACGGGGACUGGAUAUACUCCUACAAAGAGCGCCUUGUAGGGGCAAUUGACAUGAAAACCGAGAUUUCACAGCUGAGCACGCACAAUGGCUAUAUCUAUGUGCUUUGCGGAGCAAAAGUGGUGGUUUUUUCCCAGAACACCCUAGAGCUUGUUGCUGAAGCUAUAUUGGAAUACGUGGGAGACCGGUUUUGGCUCCUUGACAUUGAUCAGAGCGUUGUUAUGGUCGUUCAAAGUCGCUCAAUAAUAACUGUUGUCACCCACUGGAACACCCUGACUACUAGCUCGCCGUUAUAUCUUCCGUUUUGGGCCAAGGGCGCGGUGCUACUGAGCAGGUUCUAUGUCUAUGUUGUUGGACCCUCAGGCCAAUACGAGGUUUUCCGAUACAACGUCCAGACGAGAGCUUUGUUGGCAGCGGACCGCAAGAUGCUGAUUCGCAUUGGAGUGUUUGGAGUGCAGAAGCACGGCCGCAUUAUCGAUAUCGCGUCCGCCGGCCCUGGAAAAUGGGCCGUUCUCCAGGAAAAGGGGUGGGCGCUUUACGAAGUCCGCAACGCGCAGCUCUUUGAGGUCGCAUCGUCCUCCUUAACGGUUCUUGGUGAACGAUUGGCCGCUGUAGAUGCUGAGGGCGGUUUUGUCAUCCAUCUGCAGAAUGGAGAAUCAAUGGUGGUAAAUGGUGAAAACCAUCAAUUGCAGACUAUGACCAAACCCGAGAAGAUGGCAAAUCCAACUCUCUCUGCGGUGGAGAAUAUUGACAGUUAUGUCUUGGAGAGCCGAGACGACUACAUUGCUUUUCGGUCCGCCUACACCACCUUUUAUCAUUGCUCGCUACCUCUUGCCAACUUUCCGGUAGAGGUUUUUUUCUGUCUCUCUGUGGACGCAGACCGUCUGGCAGAGCUUUUUCUCUCGUAUGCGGUGGAGAACUACAGCUUUGCACUGCUAAGUCGACUGUGUCUUUACUGUGUGUCUGGCAACAGAAUAGCGUUCUCUCUGCUGGACCAAUUGCUUGCCGGAGUUGGCCGGUUCAAUGAUGAGCUGGUCAGCACCUGGAGACAUUAUCUUGACGAGACAUAUUUUCCUUCCUCUGAGAACUACUCUGUCUACGCCGUGCUCGUCCUUGGUCUUCUCUUCUGCCACGCCGAGAUUGAUCUGGGAUCGGAGUUUGGCCCUAAAUUAGACAAGUAUGCGUCUUGCACUUCUACAGAGACCUCUAUGUCGAUGUUGGUCGAGAAAAUGGGCUUGCGUUUGAAAAAUCUCGUCAACAUUCCCGCUCUUUUCUACCAUCUCAUACAGCAUAAUCAUCUAGAUGCAGUCGACGCGUUUGUCACGCUAGACGAACAGUUUGCCGUGCUUAAUUUGGCGAGUCUUAUGACUGCAUCCAUUCCGCCACUCACAUAUAUCAAUCAGCUACUGGUGAACACCCCUCUCUCGCCAACGAAUUUAUUUAUUUUGGUCAGCUCCGUCCUCCUCAACUUGCCAUGUCCAGGGAGCUCUCCCACCGUUAAUCUGCUCACAACCAAUUUCCACGAAUCCUUGGGAUCUUACUACGAAGGCCUCGGGGAAAAAUCGCCCGAUGAGCUCGCCGAAUCUCAAUGCAAGAUCUCGGUCAUGCUGGAUGACUCCGUGCUGCAGCUGGGUUACUGUGGCGUGCUGAUGGCUAGGGGAACAAAAGAAUGGGAACUUUUGCCUUUGAAGGCGCCAGAGCUACCAAAGGACCCGCAGUUAGCGGUUCAACUGGGUUGGUCCGAGAAGUACGUCAAGCCCAAGUUUUCGCUUGAUGGCUCGAAGCUCGCGUGUUUCGACUUCAACAGCUACACGAUCCGCAUUUGGGAGUUGUCUACGCGGUGUCCUGAUGCUUUAGACACAAGAGUGGUGCGAACCGACUUUGCGUUGAAAGUGCCCAACUUUUACGUGCUCCUGCUGCAAAGACUGGGGCUGUCAGUGCCGAUGGAUUUGCUUGGGUUGCAAAACACCUCUGUGUGCGUUUCGACAGAGUGUAUAAAUCUUCACGAUUUACUCGCCAACUACAGCGACGUGUUCAGUUUCAGCCGCUCAGAGCUGGAUUUCGACUGGGUUCUGGGCGACCGCAUAGCUCUCAAGCUGCGCAGCAGAAUUAUUUUUGUGUAUAAUCUGGGGUAA